AAGUUGCAUCAUAGAGACAUCUGACAGUGUAGGUCUUUGAAUUUUAUAGUUGGUGUUCGAUGAAGUUGUUCCGUUUGAAGGUUUGUGCGUAAUUGAGAAAAAUGAACGUUGUAGCGAAAUCGACAAACCUCGCGCCGUUAUUAAAAUCGGCGACUGUCAUUUCAAAUGGAUUGCAACCAGUAUCUGGGCGGGGUAUUGUAGUUCAACCAAAAAUUGUUACUAAACCUGUCGUCAAACGAAUGGUCCCUCAAAGUUUGAAUGAAUCUCUUAUUACUGGAUCCUUGCGUGUAAGCUCAGGAAUUGGAGUGAGCUUACUUGCAAUACAAAGAAGGUUGGCACAUACUGAUGUUCAGUGGCCUGAUUUUUCUGACUAUCGUCACGAAUCUACACUUGAUCCAACAACUAAAGCCAAGAAAAGUUCGGGUGAUCGUAAAAGAUUUCAAUAUAUUAUAACAGCUGCUACUGGAAUUUGUGGUGCUUAUAGUGCUAAAGCAAUAGUGCAUCAUGGAGCAGCUACUUUUAGCGCUGCAAGUGAUGUAUUAGCUUUAGCAACAAUUGAAGUUAAGCUUGAUAAUAUUCCUGAAGGAAAGAGCGCUGUUUUUAAAUGGCGUGGAAAACCACUGUUUGUGCGACAUAGAACGGCAAAAGAGAUCGCAAGGGAAGCAGAAGUUGAUGUAAAAAGUCUUCGAGAUCCACAAGCAGACAGCGAACGUGUGCAACAGUCAAAAUGGUUGAUUGUUUUAGGUGUAUGUACGCAUUUAGGAUGUGUUCCUAUUGCAAAUGCCGGUGACUAUGGUGGUUACUAUUGUCCUUGUCAUGGUUCUCAUUAUGAUGCUAGUGGUAGAAUUAGGAAAGGACCCGCACCUUUGAAUUUGGAAGUACCCCCCCAUGAAUUUCUCGAUGAUAAUACAAUACUUGUUGGUUAAUAUGUUAAUGUGUGUAGUCAAAUAAUAAUGUAAUUUAUGUUAAA